AAAGAAAAUGAAUAUGAUAUUAAUUAAAUAAAAUAUGAAGGGCAAGUGAAUGGUUCUCGUGCAUUCAAAGACUUUUGGGCCAAAUUCUUAGCUUUUGACAGUAACUCAGAGAGAGCUAUUUUGGAAUAAACUUCUCCACCGUUCUCAGCCUGCCUCGAGCAGAUUUUUGUAAGAAUAUCUCACCCAGAUGAUCAUCUUGCCCAUCUUCAACGUUCUAAAGAGAGGGAUUUUUAUGAAUCAUGGUGAGCUGCUGUCAUUCUCCUCUCCUGGCGUCACCAACUCCGACGGCGUUAUCAACUGUGGAAAAGCUUUCCUGUCAGCUCCCUAGAUCAGCUUUUGAACCCCAAGUUUUCUCAUCCAUUCAAUUUUGAUCGAUUGUUAAAUCAAAUCAGGUUUAAGUUAUGCAGGAUAUUUAGGAAUUGGAUAGCAGACAGAGCUUCGUGCUGCUAGACUCCACGGUCCAAAAAAGAAAAGAUUAAAAUUACGAAGUUGUGCCAGUUUGGGCAUGUUUGUUACAUCUAAUUUCCACUUCAUGAAACUCAAAUGGAGAAACACAUAGAGAAUUUCCUAAACAAAAUUUCGAUUCUCUGCAUAACAAUAUCAACAAUCAUACUCCUCCAUCUUUAUUUCGAAACACCAGCAACAUGCGUAGCACCAAACACACCCAUCACAAAACCCCACCUCAAAUUCCCAACAUCAACCUGUGACCCAUCACUCAAACACCGGCCCCUUCUGCCACUCUCUAAAAAAAACCAACGUCUCUGGUCCUCAAACGCCUGGCUUUCCCAAGUUGCUUCUUACACCACAUUCUUUUCACAUCUCCAAAGCCUUCAUCUCUUGCAUAACAACUCUAAAGUCCUUUGUGUGUCUGCUGGUGCUGGCCAUGAAGUCAUGGCUUUGAAUAAAAUGGGUGUUUUUGAUGUUGCUGGCGUUGAGCUGGUUGAUUCUUUGCCUCUUGUUAGAAAGGCUGAUCCUAAUAAUUUACCUUUUUUUGAUGGGGUUUUUGAUUUGGGUUUUAGUGCCCAUUUAAUGGAAGCUUUGUUUCCGGUCAGAUUUGUGGGAGAGAUAGAGAGGACCGUGAGGAAUGGUGGUGUUUGUGUUGUGGUUGUUGGGGAGUGUAGUGAUAAUGAAGUUAGUAAGAUCGUUGGGUUAUUUAGGAAGUCUAAAUUUGUUGGUGCUGAGAAUGUUACUUUGAUUGGAAUGAAGAUGACAAGGAUUAUUGUCAGAGUUGGUGCUUCUUCUUCGACGACAUGAAUGCCCUUUGAUCUUUCCGUAAUGUUUUUUCUCUUGUAUGAUUUUAUGUAUUUUUGUUGAUUUUUCUUAGCUCGUAGUACGGGAAAUCAGUAAUCUUUUUUAACAAGGCAGUGGAAUGAAAUUGGGAAACAAAAAAAGAAAAGAAAAAGAACAUUAUGUCAAUGUUGGGAAUAUUGUUUUUGCUGUUAGGUUUCGAUUAACUGCUUAAAUGGAAAUGUUUAGGGUCAAAUACUAUUUAUCCCUAAGAUUUGGUUUAAUAUA